GUCGGGGGUUCGGGCAUGGGGGGUGCGGGGCCGGUCCUGGCGCUGCUGGCCUGGUUCGGUGCGGGGGCCGAGGCGCUGGACAACGGGCUGGCGCUCACCCCCACCAUGGGCUGGCUGCACUGGGAGCGCUUCCUCUGCAACACCGACUGCCGGGCCCAGCCGCAAGCCUGCGUCAGCGAGCAGCUGUUCAUGCAGAUGGCUGACAUCAUGGUGUCGGAGGGCUGGAAGGACGCGGGCUACCAGUACGUCUGCAUCGACGACUGCUGGAUGGCCCCCGCCCGAGACGAGGACGGGAGGCUUCGGGCGGACCCCGACCGCUUCCCCGGCGGCAUCCGCCGCCUGGCCAACUACGUUCACUCCAAAGGGCUGAAGCUCGGGAUCUAUGAGGAUGUGGGAAACCACACCUGUGCUGGUUACCCCGGCAGUUUUGGGGCCUAUGAACUGGACGCCCAGACCUUUGCUGACUGGGGCGUGGACUUGCUGAAAUUUGACGGGUGUUACUGUGACAGUCUGGAACGCCUGGCCGAAGGUUACCGGCGCAUGUCCUUGGCCUUGAACGGGACCGGCAGAAGCAUCGUGUACUCCUGCGAGUGGCCCCUCUACCUGAGACCCUUCCAAAAGCCCAAUUAUACAGAGAUCCGCCAGUACUGCAAUCACUGGAGGAAUUUUGGCGACAUCUUCGACUCGUGGGACAGCAUCAAGAGCAUUCUGGAUUGGACGGCCUCCAACCAGGACAGUAUCGUCGGCGCAGCCGGCCCCGGGGGCUGGAACGACCCCGACAUGCUGGUGAUCGGCAACUUCGGGCUCAGCUGGGAUCAGCAGGUGACUCAGAUGGCGCUCUGGGCCAUUAUGGCCGCCCCGCUCUUCAUGUCCAACGACCUGCGCCAGAUCAGCCCCCAGGCCAAGGCCCUGCUGCAGAACCGAGAGGUGAUCGCCAUCAACCAGGACCCUCUGGGCAGGCAGGGCUACCGGCUCAGCAAGGAAGACAACUUCGACCUGUGGGAGCGGCCGCUGUCCAACCUGAUGUGGGCCGUGGCGAUGGUGAACCGGCAGGAGAUCGGGGGGCCUCAGGGGUACAGCCUGCCCCUCUCUGUCCUCGGCAACGGGCUGGCCUGCAACCCCUCCUGCCUCAUCACCCGCCUCCUCCCCACGAGGGCGGAGCUGGGGCUGUACAGCUGGGUGGACAUCUUGAGCCAGCAGGUGAACCCCACGGGCACCGUGCUGCUGCGGCUGGAGGCCCCCCUGCAGCCGAGGCGGACGCAGAGCGGCGGCCGGCUGCGGCGGCCCAUCCUCUGAAUACUCCGGGACCACCCUCCGCCCCGGUCGUCCGACCGAGCACCUUAGGUCUUUUCAGCCCCGGUCCGGGCCCCCGCUGGACGGGAGGCCCCCUGGGCGGCGGCGCCGGGGACUGCUUUUGCUCGCUGUUCACCUGGGGCCUCUGAGGCGUUUUAAAAGCCCUGACCUCAAUCUGAGGACCUUGUCUGUCUUCCACUGCUUUCCUUCCUGCCUUAACGCAAGGAAUGGGGGCCAGGUAGCGCCUACCCACCUAAGCGGAUUCCACCUCAGUCAAUUUCAAGGGCCCGCCCAGGGACAGACUGGUUCUUAACCUCAGCCAGAGACAAUUCCAAGAGAGACUCUCCCCUGAGGUCACCUGUGCUCCGGUCUCUGCUGGUUCUAGGCCCUUCCGGUACUCAACUCUCCCCACUCAGAAAUGAAAAUGAUAAAGUGGCAGUUAGGUGGGUUUGAUGCAACUGUCCUAUUCCUGCCCUCCAAGUGUUAAGGCAGUCGCUCAGGUCUUUCGUCCCCAGCUCAAGGUUGGGUCCUGUCCGAUCCAUCCUUACAGGGUGGUAAAGGCAUGGGAGAAUCGAUUAGAUUUACUGAGCACUUACUAUGUGCGGAACACUGUACUAAGUGCUUGACAGAGUACACUAUAAUAGGCGGUAGCCUACCCAGUUUACUAAAUGACUGCAUCCAAAAAUCAGAAAGGGGAAUUUAUGGGUAAUGAAGAGAAAGGCCAGUUGAAGUGCCUUUGUAAAUGUUUACCUAGAGGGGAGGCCGGAGAGCCUUGAUUUGUAAUAGCACCGCUAUUACCAUCAACUAUGUGUAUAGAAAAAAAAAUAUGCAAGUCAAUCAUAAAAUGAUUCAUAAUACUGUU